AAAGAAGGAGGAAAAAAAGAAAAAGAAAACUCACACAGGCAAAGGACGGUCAGAAAAGAGCGAGGGAAAGGUUGGGUAGAGAAAAGGAAAGCGAAAAGGCAAAUGAAAAAGGUGGAUACUAAAGCGGGAGCCCGAGAAAAAAUACAGAAACAACCGAUUUAAAUUUUAGACUUACUAGCCAUGCCACUCCACAAAUCGUCCCGGGCCCCUCGCCUGGACCCCACCAUGAUCUCUGCCCCCCUGGGGGACUUUCGCCACACCAUGCACAUCGGCAGGGGAGGCGACGCCUUUGGAGACACCUCCUUCCUCUCCACAUUAGGUCCCAGUCCGACCACUUCAGAGCUGGGGGGUUCUGGGAUCUUGCCAGCCGCCGACCCAGAAGUGGCAGUAAACCACAGCAACCUGCAGAAGGAUGUUCCUGAGAGUACGAAGCUUCAGCGCUCAGAGUCUCUGUCUUCCUUGACCAUGGAUCUGGAUCUGGAUCUGGAUUUUGAUCUGGGUCCGUCUAUUCUCGGGGACGUUUUAGGAGUGAUGGACAGUUUGUCGCUUGGCUCCAAUGGGGAGGACAUGCUGAGCCCAAAGUGCAACACAUCAGUGGUGGAUACAAAGCCAGUCAGGGGCAAUGUUGAGGAGUCAGUGAAUGGGAAUGGUUUGGAGGAAGACAGCAGGAUACCAGACGAGAACGGAUUGAAGUCCAGGGGGUUAAGACCAAAGGUGAGGUUUAGCGACAAGCGGGAGGAGAUCAUUCGCCAGCCAUCUGAAGAGGAGGAGGGUCAAACCUUUGACUUUCACUAUGAUGAGGAUAACCAGCUUGGGUCCCACAGUCCAGUGCGGGGCGACAGCGACAGGAGGAAGAGUCCGGCAGGAGAACCGCAGCUGGUUAACCACAAAGCAGAUUUGCCACCCAGUCCUGCCUCCUCACACAGCUCAGAAUCCGACGGAGUAACCGAACUGGACCGGAGGAGGUCAGAGAGCGGCCACUCAGAGACUGAUUCAGAGGAGGAGGAUGAGGAAGGACGGGGCUACUCGUUUGAAGACGAGUCCGAUGAUGAAAUUGGUCUAUAGGGGACAGGUAUCCACUUUUCAUGCGAACGAUAUGAAUAUACAGUUGAAACCAGAUGUUUACAUAAACAAUAUUAAACCACACAUAACCUUUUUGUUCCUCACUGUCUGAAAUUGAAUCAAACUAAACUUUUUCCUGUUUUGAUAGCAAUAGCUGAUGAUGUUAAAAGACCAUCUAAAGAUUAUGGCUGAAGAUGGUUAAAAAGUGUUAUUACAAGGAAAACAGUGUUUUCUUUUUUUUUUUUUUUUUAUAGGAAGGUUGAAAAACCAAUCAGUGAGGAAGGACCCAUUACCUUAGAGCAUUACACUCACCUAGACUGUAGUUUGUAGAAAAGCUCUCAGGGACAGAGACCUUGUUUUUUUUUUUUUAUGAAUGUCUGAUGGUCUGGUGAGACUAAAAGUGAAGUGUUAAGCCUUAACGAACAUUAUCACAUUUGAUGAAAGAAGGGGCAAGCUUGAAGUACGAAGGUGGUAGUAACAUGUUGUUAGAGGGGUUUGCUGGAGGAGGAACUGGUGCUUUUUUUAAAAAUAGAUGGAGAAAAGUACAUCAUCUUAAGCCAGAAGGUUAAAGCUUGACUUCCAGGUGAACAAUUGCCCAAACAACCAUCAUAUACCUAAAAAAAUUGGGGUUAAAGACAAAAAAGUAAAGGAGUGGGAAUCACAAAGCCCUGAUCUGAGUCCCAGAGAAUAUUUAUGGGUAGUGCUGAAAAGGUGCGUGAGCAAAACAGCCUCCAACCCAGACUCAGGCCAGUUUUCUCUGGCAGAAAAUCCAAAGAAAAUGUCUUCUAGUGAUACCUAAAACAGCUGACCCUAGUUAUACAGCCCAAACUGCAAAUCCACCAAACGUUUAAGAAAUGAAGUAGAAAAAAAGUCUUGUAUAAAGGGAACAGAAAUAACUUUUGUUUUCCAAAGUUAAUAAAAAAAAGUUUGGUCUGAUUUAAUGUCAGGCAGUAAGUAAACAAAACAAAAAAAAGAUCCCAUCUUUUUAUACAGUGAAUGAAUCCGGUUUCAACUGUAUUCACAUUUUCCUCAAUUCACCACUUUACAACUCAAUGGGAGGCCUAAACAGAAUCAAUCUGAAUGUAAAGCUAAAAUAAAUCAACGUAAGGUGUACAGUAAACAUUCAACUGGAAAUUUUGAUUUAUUUUGUCAACAAGGGUAACAUGACUUUGUAUCAUCUGCUCACUCAAACAGUGAAAGGUUUGUAGCACUUUGAACCACUUCUUUCAGAUGGAAACUUUGCUGUCAGACUCCAGCUCUAUGGAAAGUCUGAUUCAGGAUAAACGGAUCAGGUUUUAAUCACUAAAUCUACUCUUUUAUAUUCGAUCUAUCGAUCUUUUACCUAUAUGUGCCUUAAAGGGACUUGUAUCCUUUGCCUUAUUGUAUUCAGUACUGAGCUAUAUCAAUGUCUUAUUUGUUUUGCAUCGCUGGUUUAGAUCAGCCUCCUUGCCUUUAGCCUUUUAGCCCACAGAGGCGGUGUUGAUAAUGAGUUACUGUGAAUUUGUCACAUUCCAUAUCUGGCAAUGUGAGGCUCACUGGUUCUGACCAAAACCACAUCUGAGGUGGUUUUAUUUUUAAACUUCCCAAAUCUGUCCUUCAGGCUGAACGGAUUGUUUUUAUUUUUUUCCUAGAAAAAAACAAUCAUGGGAUUUUAAAUGUCUCUCAUAAAUCAAAGUGUAUUUUUGUACUUUUUGCUUGUGUAAUGUUCUUUGCUUUGAUAAUUGUUGCAAAAUGCUGUAAAAGGGAGAUACCAUUUUACCCUUCUGCUGAAAAUGCUGGUUAAAACCUCGAAUGUUACCCUGUGGUUUAAUAAACAUUACAGUAAAAAACAAAAAACAAAGUUAUUAUUGGCACCAGCUUUGACUGCCUUUCUGUUGCAAGGCUUGGGUAAUAUGAGGAUCUGGGAUGUGGCUCAAGCCACUCUGCAUUUCAUUAGCCGUCUACUAUUUUAAUUAGGCGCUUAGACUGGGCCGGUUACAUACCAAGUUUCCUGCAGAGGUGCCACAAGAACGUUACACCCAGGGCUUGUGAAAUAUUACCUCUAAUUAAAAUGUUAUAUUCCUUUAUUCCAGUCCCUGAUUACCCAGAUCAGUUAGUAAUUUCCACAAAUCCCAAUACACUGCACAAUCAUUUCACGUUGUCUCGUUUUUGUUUUUUUAAUCCAGAUCCAUACCAUUUUCUUUUUUGUCACAUUGCAACCACAAACCUCAGGGUGUUCUAUUGAGAUUAUGUGUAGUGUUUAAAAGAACACAAAGUAGAGGGUAGGUGGAAAGGAGAGCUGUAAUUAGAGAGGUUUGGUAACUGUGGAGGAGCUACAGAGAUCCACCGCUCAGGUUAGGUGAUUGGUUAAUC